UGUAAUUGAAAGUGUUCUGCAAGAGAAUGGGAAAGCACCAUUGUCUCCUCAAAACCUAAAGUUAAGCUAUAAACAAAUCUAUCGGAAUUUUAUAAGCGAAAUGGACGCUAUUGAUAAUGGUGUGCCAAUGUAUAAAAAUGAUGUAGGAGAGCCUCUGUAUAAAAUAUCAACACAUCUGUCAUCUCGGGUACACAGACUAAACCCAUCCUGGGAAGAUGAACAGGGUAGCGAAAUUGAACAAAAACGUUUUGAGCGUGCUUUGGAGCUGGUAGGCAAAGAGUUUGUAGAGAAUGUUCUAGAUGUGGCCUGUUCAUGGGUAAGGGGUCGAGAGUACGUACGCAAAGCUCUUGAGAAAGCUAAAUCCGUACACGAGACAGGCGAAAUUAUAAUACUAGAACGCUUUUGCCCAUGGAAAGUACAUUUAGCUGACCUAGAAAAGGAAUAUAAUGUUGAAGGUGUGGCGAAACUGGUAAUAUUUUCGGAAAAGGCACAGAGUUGGCGUGUCGCAGGAGUUCCCUUAUCACCCACUAGUUUCUUGGGUAGAAAGUUUCUACCACAACCGUGGCGUGGUUUGCGUGAUGAAGAGCUGUCGGAAGUAGCAGACAUACCCGAUUUAAUUUUCGUCCACUCGACGGGAUUCAUAGGAGGUGCGAAAACAAAGGAAGCUGCUCUUCAAAUGGCAUUGAAAAGCGUGCAAUGGGAAGAUAAAUAGUAUGGAUUUUAUUGAAUAUUAGCAAAAGUCGUAAAAUAAAUGCAUAUGUUAAUGUAGUACACCUUAAUAUAAAAAGGCCCUAUCUAAAACUA